AGGUAAAGCAUUGGUAGUGUUCUUUAUCAAUAGCGUUAUUUCUAUUGGUAUUUGUAUUGCUCCAUUUGUAGUGUAAUAAUGCUCAUUGUCAUUUCUGUAUUAUUUUUUAUUUUCGCUAACUUCUUAUUUGCUAUUACUUUUACCAUCAUAUUUGUACAUGUCGUAUUUGCUGAUGUUGCUCUAUUGUUGUUGUUGUUGUGUUUGCUGUUGUUGUUUUUGUCUCUCUGUCUAAUCCCCCUCUUGUCCCCACAAUUUCCCCCUCUGUCUUCCUUUUUUUUCUCUUUCUAUCCUCUCCUGCUCGGCUGCACCAAAUGAUAAUAUAAAUACAUUUAAUAAAGUCAAAUACAAAUAAGGCAACAAGAGAAGUAUCCUACACUUCUCUUUUGUAAAGUAAAUCUGAACAGCCGAUAUGGGCAUCUACAUCAACUAUAUGAUUUGCCUGAGAAGUUGGACAGGACAAAAAAAAAAAUUAAAAAAAAUGAUCGAAACUACACAUAUUGGUGAUGAUAAAUUGCGAACAAAUUUUGUCUACGCCAUAAGAUGUGGGCGUGGCAUGGCGCCAAUUUUUGCUCUGAUGGUUUUUGGCCGUUUUGCUGUGGAAAAAAAGGGGUCAUACUUUUACGAACUCCUCUUAGGGACUUUGACUAAAUGAGUCGCGGUUAAAAUUACCAAUACUACACAUAUCGGUGACGAUAAAUUGCGAACAAAUUUUGCCUAUCUCAUAAAAUGUGGGCGUGGCAUGGCACCAAACAUUGCUCCGACAGUUUUUGGCCAUUUUUUUGCGAAAAAAAGUGGUCAUACUUUUACGAACUCGUCCUAAGGACUUUGACCAAAUGAGUCACGGUUAAAAAAACUGAUAAUGAACAUGGACGUAAUGAUAAAUGUAAACACAAUUUUCUUACGCCAUAAGAUGUGGGCGUGGCAUGGCGCCAAUUUUUGCUCUGAUGGUUUACCGAUACUACACAUAUUGGUGAUGAUUAAUUGCGAGCAAAUUUUGUCUACGUCAUAAGAUGUGGGCGUGGCAUGGCGCCGAUUUUUGCUCUGGUGGUUUUUGGUCGUUUUUUUGUGGAAAAAAAGGGGUCGUACUUUUACCUACUCCUCUUAGGGACUUUGACUAAAUGAGUCGCGGUUAAAAUGACCGAUACUACACAUAUUGGUGAUGAUAAAUUGCGAAUACAUUUUGUCUACGCCAUAAGAUGUGGACGUGGCAUGGCGCCAAUUUUUGCUCUGAUGGUUUUUGGCCGUUUUGCUGUGGAAAAAAAGGGGUCGUACUUUUACGAACUCCUCUUAGGGACUUUGACUAAAUGAGUCGCGGUUAAAAUUACCAAUACUACACAUAUCGGUGACGAUAAAUUGCGAACAAAUUUUGCCUAUCUCAUAAAAUGUGGGCGUGGCAUGGCACCAAACAUUGCUCCGACAGUUUUUGGCCAUUUUUUGGCGAAAAAAAGGGGUCAUACUUUUACGAACUCGUCCUAAGGACUUUGACCAAAUGAGUCACGGUUAAAAAAACUGAUAAUGAACAUGGACGUAAUGAUAAAUGUAAACACAAUUUUCUUACGCCAUAAGAUGUGGGCGUGGCAUGGCGCCAAUUUUUGCUCUGAUGGUUUACCGAUACUACACAUAUUGGUGAUGAUUAAUUGCGAGCAAAUUUUGUCUACGUCAUAAGAUGUGGGCGUGGCAUGGCGCCGAUUUUUGCUCUGGUGGUUUUUGGUCGUUUUUUUGUGGGAAAAAAGGGGUCGUACUUUUACCUACUCCUCUUAGGGACUUUGACUAAAUAAGUCGCGGUUAAAAUGACCGAUACUACACAUAUUGGUGAUGAUAAAUUGCGAAUACAUUUUGUCUACGUCAUAAGAUGUGGGUGUGGCAUGGCGCCAAACUUUGCUCUGAUGAUUCGCCACGACUCAUGAAAGGUUGAUAACUCUGCUCCACAAAUUCAGAUCUUGAUCUGAUUUGGUAGAAAUGAUGAUGAUGACACUCCGAAGUGCUCGAUGAGUCAGUACCUGUUCCUACCUACUCGUAGUGGGCGGAGCCUAGUGGCGAAAACCGCCCCAGGCCAUCGCCAAUCUGACUGUCAUUUCUGCACUUAAUCUGAUCAGAGACGGAUACUAAACUGAUGCACAAGCGACAAUCUCACUGAAAUGUUUGGUGGUGGGUCAGGGCAUCAGGGCGCAGGUGAUCGCAAGCAUAACGCGUGCCGGCCCCGCGGCGUAGGGGGGCCCGAGGUCUCAGUCAACGCUGCUCGCAGCUUCAACUUGCAUUGUUUCCUGUCGGAAGAGUUGUAACGUGAAUAAAUGGCAAUGUUUCUUGCAAGACUUUGGCGUUUUCAGUGCGUGUUGAAGGUGUAGGAAAGGAUGCGGGCGGACCAGCUGACAUCACAGCAAGAGAGAGAGAGGGAGAGAGAGCAAACGUUGAAGACUGGAGAAGGACUUCUCACAAGCGUCCCUUCUGGCUGCUAAGAACCCAAACACCCGGAGCGUGUAAGAAGACGCAAAGACUUGAAGGCGGGCGAGCGAGGAGCAGGACUCUGGGGCCGAGGCUGGAAUGAGGCAAGCGUGCACACAGAAAACGGUUGACAAGCUGCUUGGGUGUGAGUGACCGCCCACCAGUGGAGUGCCUUUUCCUGCCAAACAUCUGUUUGUUUUGAACCGUCACAAUUCAAAGAGACCAUGUGGUGUUUGACGCUGCUGUUACCGCUCCUGUUAAUCAUCAAUGACGUCGCUUCCCAGUGGACCGUUUGGUUACCGCGGGACAUCUCGGCCAUGACCAACACAUGCGUUGUCAUCCCAUGCACGUUCAUGUACCCGUCCGGCGUCAGGCCGUACCGUGGCGUUCACGGCGUCUGGUAUUAUGGCCAGCCCUACCCUCAACUCUUUCCGCCGGUCGUGGCCAAGUCUCGCACGGAUGUCGUGCACGAGAGCUACAAAGGUCGCACCAAAUUGCUGGGGGACCUCCAACAGAGGAACUGCACCUUGCUCAUCAACAGCGUCGGACCAGAGCACUCAGGGAGAUACUACUUCCGGGCAGACCUCGGCGGUGCAAACAUGUACACCUUUCCGGACUUUGCUGAACUCAAAGUUCUGGAACAACCCAGCAUCGAUGUCCCAGAGGAGAUAGUCAGCGAUGAGAGUCUGGAGCUGACAUGCUACGCUCCUGAUAACUGCCCCGACUUGACCCCUGAGAUCCAGUGGAUGUACACGGACUACCUGCCUGACCCGGAGUUCAGCUCGGACUACGUGGAGGAGGGCAACACCGCGGUAGUGUCCAGCACCCUGACAUUUACGCCCAGGCCGGUGCACAACGGGCAGUUGCUGGGCUGCAGGGUUUACUACCCCAACACCACGCUCGUCUACGAGAGGCUGGUCUCUCUGGACAUCAAGUAUGCCCCACGCUCAGUGUGGGUAAACGUCUCCUCAGAGGUGAUGGAGGGAAACUCUGUGACUCUGCAUUGCGAGGUGGACAGUAACCCUGCACCCAGGAUCUCCUGGAAGUUUGGAGACCAGGAAUUGAUGUGGGACACGGAGUCCAACCUGUCUCUUACCUUAAAUGACGUGACGCCUGCAGAAGAAGGAGUCUACACCUGCAUCGGGGACAACGGCUACGGCGUCAUGAACACGUCUCUCUACUUGGCCGUCAAGUACCCUCCCCGCGAACCCAUUGUCAACAACUCCAUGACGGUUCUGGAGGGAACCUCGCUUGCCCUGCACUGCAGCACUCAGGGUAGCCCGGCACCAACACUUACCUGGCUGAAGGAUGGCGAACUGGUGGGCAUGAUCACUGCGGAUGAGCUGUCAGUGCUGGAGCUGGAGGGCAUCACACCACAGGGAGACGGGCAGUACCGCUGCCUGGCUGAGAAUGAGCACGGCCGGGCCAGCAGCUCCCUGAACAUCACAGUGGAGUACGCUCCAGUUCUUCUGGAAGAGUCUAAAUGUACCGUGGUGAGGGAGGGGGUCCAGUGUGUCUGCAUGGCCACAGGAAACCCGGAACCCACCAUCGAGUUCUACCUACCUGACUUGAACAUCACCAUCAACGAAACGGAAGGCCGGUACAACUUCUACACGCACACGGACGGGCAGACCUCCACCGGCAUGAUCAAGCUGCGGGAGAAAGGCGAGCGAGUAAACAACAACGGCCCUGCCGUCAACGUCCAUUGCAGCAUCUCCAACGUGUACGGAAGAGAAAGCGUUCUGCUGGAGCUACAACAGGAGAAAAAGUACCUGAUGGCCGUGAUCGUGGGCACGAUCGGAGGAGUGGCGGUCAUCGCCUUCAUCAUCGCAGCAGUCCGAUACGUCGGCCACAACAACAAGAAAGAGAAUGGCUACCCUAGGCAGGACGUGGUACUGGAGAACCCCGCUUUGUACUACAGCGCGGCCAAGAAGGACAAACAAAAUCUGAGGAAGAAAGUGCUUAAGACAGAGCUGUUGGGCUCAAAGUUUAACUCCAUUCUAGAGGAGACCACGGGAGAAGACGGGGAUUUCCACCCUGCGGGCUCUCUGGCAGGAAUGGAGAGGCAAGAGCUGAACUACGCCGCUCUGGAGUUUGGUGGGGCCAGGCCCAGGGAGGGGGCCUCGGGGAGGGGGGAUGACGGGGGCAGCUACGCGGAAAUCAAAGCCAAAUGAAACGCGAUCCUUCCCUGAUGCCUCGGCCACGCGAGACGCAGCGCAAAACCCCGCCCACCGACCUCCUGCCCGCCACAAAAACUCUGAUUCGGUUUUCUUUUCUUCAGAUUGUCUUCCCUACCGGAAGUCGAAAAAGAAAAAGUGUUUCCCUUUUCUGUCUCCUUGUCUUUGUCAUUGUGUCUGCUGCCAGCCAAGGCAUGAAGGGAAGAAGAAACUUUCACUUGAGAUGGGUUCCUCCCCUUACGGGAGACCUAAGAAGUCAAACACUCAAACUCGGAAUUUGUUAUUUGGAAAUGCAAACUAAACUGACCUUUUAGGGCUUCCGAACUCGUGUCUCGUUACAUUCCGAGUGAGGAGAAACAUGGAACUUGUAGGGGGGAUGAAUCUUUGGGGCACCUAACAAUUCGAUCCCAUUCCGAUUCCUAGAGUGACGAUUCGAUUCAGAAUCGGUUCUCUAUUGAACCCGAUCCUCGCAAUGUAUUAUUUAGUAUAAUAGUUGUAAUGACAAUUUUUCAAAACAGGUUAAAGGUUAUUCUUAUAUAUAUAUAUAUAUAUAUAUAUAUAUAUAUAAAUACAUA